CUGGAAUCAAAUCUGCAGCUUGCCCAUACUCAGACGACAUUGCGAUAUCUCCACAAUUUCCUAUCAACAAUCUUUUAUCUUGCGGCCAUGUCCCAUCUUCCUCCUACUCAGUCAGGUACUCAGCCAGCAACCCAGCCAUCCGAAGUAGCCACCCAAAUGGAUCCCACCCUUGUGUCCGCCCUCCAGACCCAAACGACCGGUUCCGCCCUCCAAACCCAAACGACCAUCUCCGCCCUCCAGACCCAAACAACCUCCCGCCGUACCGGACAUCAAAAGGGCUCGCAAGGGUAUAACGGGGACGAUUGCUUGGCACUUGUAACUUGUGUCAAGCAUGUCCUCCCUUUGGGUAGCAAUGACUGGAACCGAGUCCACGAGUUGUACGAACAAUACGCGGCGGCAAAUGGUCGGACUCCUCGGGACCCUGAUCCUCUCAAGACAAAGUUCAAGGCUUUGGUUGCUUCAAAAAAGCCAACGGGCAAUCCGGACUGCCCAGUAUGGAUUCGUGAGGCAAAACGAGCAAACAUGAUGAUCAAGGAUCGGGCCAAGAGUUUGGCAUUUGUAGAUGAUGAUGAUGAAGAAGAUAUUGUCAGCAACAACGAAAGAAAUGGUGUAGGGAACCCGGUUCGGCUCUCUCCGGCCAACUUUGGUUCGCUGUCCCAGGGGACACUCAUCUUGGGAUGGAGCGCAACCCAAUCGCAACUCCCCAACAAUCCACUUGACUUGGAUGUUGACCCCAACGACGAAUCCCUCCACGACUCUGCUGACAUCUCCCAAUCGUCGAGUAAUCCGUCAUUGGCUGCGGUUCAAGGUCAGAACUCUUCGGUUGUGAAUCGAGGCCUUGCGUCCUCUGUUGCUGGGGCGGGGGAUAGAGGAAUCAACUCGACUCAGCCACAGAACACUCGCCAGGCAACGACUUUUAUCCAGCGCAACCAGUCACAAACCGCCAACUCUGCCUCCCGAUCGACAGCCACUGGGCCUUCGCCUUCGUUGGGUCAGAGCACCACGGGUCGUCAAGCGAAGGCAUCUCAGCCGGCCGGUCUACAUACUACUCUGGCGACGUUCUUUGACCCGGAUGCACGUGCCGCUCGGGAUCAGGAGACUAGUAUGUCUCAAUUCUAUGCGAGCCGUCUUCAAGAAGCGAAUUCAACGAUCGCGCGACUGCAAGACGAGAUCAACCGCCUCCACGAGGGGGUUAACGCUAAUAUCCUCUGUCUGCAGGACGAGCUCCGACAAGCGCAAACCAAUCUAGCGCAGAAGACCUCCGACAACCAGGACUUACGGCAUCGCCUGGAGAUGAUGCAACUCCGCCUAGAGUUGAACCCGCCUGGUGGGUUCAUGCAACAUGGAGGUGUGCAUGGGAUGCGCGCCGGUUUGUUUGCUCAGUCCCAUACCCAUGUUGGCACAUCACCAUGGGAGGUCAAUCAGACUGGCCCAUCGGCCCAUACUCAGUGA